CGCGGCACGAGGGGCGGCACUUGGGCUCCCACGUUUUCCACCCACCAAGUCAGCAGCAGCCCAUCCCCGCCGCGCCGCGUGUUCCCCCCCGGACAUAGCCGCCAUUUAACAGUUUCGCACCAGUUGGACUCCGCACCAAAUGCCAGUCCCCACCUCCACCCUCCCCACGCCCCCAAGCCGUUCGCGUCGCUCGCUCCCCUCGCGCGCCCCGGCAACUCGAUCAGAUGGACAGCGCCGACGUGACGCCGUUCGGCGCGUGGGCGUCGAUCCGGGGCUACUUCACCCCGGCGACGCUCUUCCUCCUCGUCAACCUCGUCAUCGGCACCAUCGCGCUCACCUCCCGCUCCCACCAGCGCCGCCGCCGGGAGCACCACGACGACGGGCACCCCCACCCCCGCCACCAAGAGCCUCUCCAACAGCUCCACCCACAUCAGCAGCAGGAGUACCACUACUACCAGCAGCAGCCGCUGUACGCAACGCCGCCGCCUGCGCCGCUCGCGCGCACGUCCUCUGUCCUGGACCGGCUCCGCUCGCUCGGCCUCUACCGCUUCCGCUCCGGCGACUUCCCACCCGAGUACGGCGCUGCUGGGGCGACCCACACGCAGGAUGUGUUCUCUCCUGUGGAAGAGACGACGAAGCAGGCUCACUGCGCCAGGAGCCGGUCCGAGCCGGCGCCCGCGCGGGAGGAGAAGAGGACGGCGACGAAGACGAAGAAGUCGGGCUCGGAGGUGAGGAAGGCGCAGGUAGCUCGGGCUCCGGCAAGCAGGGUGGUCGAGGAGGACGAGGCCGUGGACGCGAGGGCGGAGGAAUUCAUUGGCAGUUUCAGGCGGCAACCGUCGCCGCCAAAAGUAGAGUACCACUACCAAGAAGAGUACGUUCCUCCUCCGGCGCCCGCGCCUGCGCCGCUCGCGCGCACGUCGUCCGUCCUGGACCGCCUCCGCUCCCUGGGCCUCUACGGCUUCCUCGCUCCUGAGCAACCCACCGCCGCAUCAACCCCAGCCAGAGAUGGCUUCCCCAACGCCACCCCGGUGGACGAGAAGAAGCAAGCGCACGCGCACUAUGACAGGAGCCGGUCCGAGCCGGCGUGGGGUCAGGGUAAGAAGGAGAAGAAACAAGGGGUAGAGGCAAGAAUGUCCAAGUCGAGCUCGGGGGCGAAGAAGGCCGCCGCUCCGAACCUAGGGGAGGAGGAGACGGACAAGUGCAUCGACGCGAGGGCGGAAGCAUUUAUUAACAAUUUCAAGCGAGAACGGUCGCAGCAGCAACUGCACCACGACCAAGAAGAACACGUUCCACUUCCACCUCAGGCGCCGGCGCCGCUGGCGCGCACGUCGUCCGUCCUGGACCGCCUCCGCUCCUUCGGCCUCUACCUCCGCUCCGGCGACCUCGGUCACGAGGACCCCGUUCCCGCGUCAACCCCAGCCGCGGACGAGAAGAAGCAGGCGCGCUACGGCAGGAGCCGGUCGGAGCCGGAGCGGGAGCAGGGCAAGGAGAAGAAGCAGGGGGCGGAGGCAAGGAUGAGCAAGUCGAGCUCGGAGGCCGGCGUAGUGGAGGCGGAGGCGGAACAGUGCGUGGACGCGAGGGCGGACGACUUCAUCAACAAGUUCAGGCAGCAGCUGCAGCUGCAGAGGCUCAACUCGCUGCUCAACUACAAGGAGAUGCUCAACCGCGGCGGCAGCAAGCAAUAGCUGGCGUCAAGGUCUCGAGGAUCGAAAUAUCACUAAAUUAAUCA